AUGCCUUUUUCAGCCGGUCAUACCGCCGAUCAGCGUCUGCGACCGGACACAAAUGUUCACACGCACAGCCCGUACUGCUCUCACGUGAGGUCAGCCCUUACUGGGGUAAGUAGAAUAUUUCUUCACAAUAAAAUGGAUUUAACUGGCGUCUUAGAACAAACUAGCUCCAUACUCUGAUGGUAGGAAUCUCGACCAGGCAAUUCCCUGCCAGGCGACAAAGGAACCGCGUAAGCGUUACCUUAUGUGACAGUGGGCACUCCGAAGUGGCAUUUUGAAUCCGAAUAUAUGGUUGCAAAUUGUUAACAUGUUGUCAGUAAUCCACUAUCAGUUGCAGUGCAUGGGAGAAUUGAGGUUUACGCAUCGAAGGAGUGAGCAGACGGAGGGUGCAGUGGCACGCCCACUUAUUUGGAAUCUGAGCCGUCCUCCCCUGUUGUUAUGGAUCCUGGUCCUUUGUGCGUGGACCAGGUAGCACGCCUAGGUGGGUUCACGCGGCACCAGUCACCUGUGCCCUCUCCCGCCUCCGGUCUUUUUGACCCUCUCAUGAUACCGGGCCCAGCUGGGAGACGAAAGGGUGCGAUAGGUGCUGUGAAAGUCCUCUAUCGUUAUAAAUUAACUCACGCGCAAGUCACUGUCCCUGCGCUCACAGUGGGCAUUAUGUGAAUCGCCGGUCUCGCUGUCACAGUAAGUGUUCCCCUUGGGCGCAAAAGUGAGAAGGGGACCUACGGGGAGCGCACAGCCUAUUAUUCUGAGGUGUUGUUACCGAGGACGCAUUCCCUCUCCAUCGUACUAAGACAGAGUGAUCGUAAACAUAAGAAUAUAGAGAGCUAAUUUGCCUCAAUGUCAGACACCUUGGGAGUGCCAGUUGGGGCCUUUUCGAACCUGUGUUCAGUCGCUUAGUAAAUCGUUUAAAUGGGGUCCUUCGUGUUUCAUUUCUCCUUAACGCCAGCGAUACACUGAAUUUGUCAAUAAAACUAGCAGUUUUGACGUUAGGAAUGUUAGCUUUUUGCGAAUUUAUACAUUUGUAUUGGUAACCUCAGGGAUCACUUCACACCCAAGUUAGAAACCUAAUGAAUUUCCAAUAAUUCUUCCUUGCGUGUCGCCUUCUGGGCUAGUGUACUCUUUCUAAGUUAUGGUAAUCUUAAUAAUUCUGACACGCACCUAAGCUUCUUGCACUUCAUUUUAAACCUGGUUCCCCAGACCCACCCCUUCAAUAAUGAGCACCGUGUUCAGCGACUCCACCGAAAUGAAAUUAUAGCUAAAGUCUAGGUCUACUUGUCGCAUCUCCUCUGGCAGGAUUCUUCAUUUUGCAUCAAAAACAUUUUAGGGCCACUGCGUGCGGUCCUUAAUCGACCUUCUUUGUCGUUCUAGCAGCAAUAUUUUUGUGAUAGGCGUGUAGCAGCCUAGUAAGUUCAUCCAAUAGAUACUGCAACACGUGAGUAAUCCACUACCCUUAUCUGACUCUGUUUCUGAUGAUGAAUUCAAGUGAGAAUCCGAAACAUCAGGCUAAGAAAGCUCUUGUCCCAGCGAUCGUAUCUCUUUCACAACUACUUCCUGAAACUCACCUCUUCGUUUCUACUCACCAAUACGUUUGUUUACAUAUCAGUCGUAUCGCUGCCAACGCGGAGUCCGCUCCUAUCCACCCCUUUCCUGCUGACUUUAGUCCUUUUUUAUCCCUUUGGUGGAGUCCUGAGUUUUCUACCAUCUUAUCCGUGUUUGGCAACGCAUUUCUUUUUUCUCUACAGGGUUUAUUAGUCAGCGCACAUUGUUCUCGAAUUGCCACCUCUCUGCAGUGCCUCAGUGGCAAACUUUGAAGACAACAUUUUUUUCUUGCUUGCGGCCCCGCCCUUCCCCCUCAUAUUCAUUCUUCUGUGCUAGUCAUUGUGCUGUCCUGUCUAGACUGUUGCCAACAGCUGUCUUCCCUGUCUAGUGAUCCGUUUUAAUUGCUUUUUCUUACGUCUGCGUCGCCUAGUGAGCAAAAAGCAGUCUUUCUUUUGAGCGCGCCGAGUGACGUAAGGUGUCUUGCCAUCUCUGCACAGCGUUUUGCAUUGUUCUGGGAGAACUUUCUAGCUAGUACAAUUUUGGCAGUCUUGACGUCAUUACGCAAACGUCCUGUCUUUUAUUUCGGUGGGAGAGGGGGGGGGCAGGCUGUCUGCACAUUUGCGCGCAACGCUGGCUCCUUGAACUGCUUGCCUUAUAUAUAUAUACAUAUAAAUCUGGUACUACGUACUUCAUGUCGUCUUGUCUGUCCUGUCUGUAGGGUCUGUUGGAGCACGUUACCGUACUGAUCGGCUUGGCCGUAAAGGGACGCCCCGUCGGUGGCGUCGUGUGUCAACCCUUCUACAUGCCCGACUUCAAGCUAGUGAUUCAGACGCAGCAGGAACGACGGCCGCCGAUGGAUCAGACCACACCACGCCUCAUCUGGGGCCUGGAGGGUCUGGGCUUGUUUGGCAUCAAAGCCGAACCUCUGCCCAGUCAGCCCGUCUUCGAGGAGGGCAACCCGACUGAGUCAAUGAACAACGUGAUUGUCACCACCCGUUCCCACCCCACACCCAACACCGUAGCCGCUCUUCAGGCCUGUGCUGCUACAAAGGUGAGCAGAUCUGGAUCUUUAUUUUUUUUGGAUCUUUAUUUUUUACCGCUGCCUCGCUUACUCGCCAUGCCACUGAAUUUCUACUCGUGGUUGUGCUGACUGAGUUUAUGCUUGGGCCUGAUACGACUGACCCCGUUCAUGUCUCGCAAAUAGUUCCGCCACGCUUGACGAUUUGCGGCAGUAGGUCCAAGAACUAAGUCGUCGCGGCCAGCAGAACGGUGAACCUCAGGCUGGAUGGUCCGAUGUCGUCAGCUGGAGGUCGAGAGGUGCAUAUGCGUGCUCUCUAAUCACAUCGCGCUCACGCACCACAUGCCAACCUCGCAUCUCCACCCGUGUCUCACUUGUCAGCUUGUUAGUGCACGCAACACCCAAAUAAAUUUUCUGUCUGAUGUCGAAAGCGUGAAGCAAAAGACAGGAAAGGCUUUUUGCCUCUGACUUGAACCACACAAGCCCAGUCGAUGCAAAUUGUGAUUCCGACAGCCCUCAGCGCCCCCUCAUCACAGAUCAAGCACAUUGUGUGCUUCCGCAAAGCGCCAUCGCUGGAGGACACAACCUUAUGAGCAUCAGGCCUCUUGAAAUGCGAAGCUUUUCGUUCUAAAUGCUUCUCUCGGUAUGCACCGUUGUGCUUAAAUAUUGCCCGAAAUAUGAAGCGCUGUUGACGUUGCCUGCGCACUUUGGCGUGCCUUUUAGAUCGCGAAUCCUCACCUCCACAUGCCUUUCAAGUCAAUCCGCAAAAUAGACAGAUGUCCGCCAGGCAUAACAGAAUCUACGUAAGCGAAGGAUAAAGCCCCAGCUGAGGUAGUUUGAAGGGAAAGCUGUUAUCGUGUCUUUAUUGGCAGACUCAACGAACAACUGGGUCGGUUAUCAAACGUAAAAGCCUCAUUUGGCCUCGUCCUGAUCGACUGUUUUACUUAUUUUCGCUAUCUUGGUGGUUUGCAAUGAUCCCGAGGCCGAUUUAAAACCGAAGAAUUUACACUGGCACGUGAGUUUCAAAUGUCAGUUUGGCCCCCCGGCGUGUCGACCUCCCUCCCUUUUAUCAGGCCUUGCGUCGCCACACUCACAGAAACCUGGUUAGGGUAACCACAGUGGGAUUUACUAGAACAGCCCUGGGGUCAACUGAAGCCGACUCGACAGCCAAUUCACGCAACGGAGGGGCCGAAUAAUCACUUCACAGACUCAGGCACCUGCGUCCGACGCGUGAGUUGAUCGUACAAGCAAAGCAUCGCCACCGCUAUUGCACCACGCAGGCUGGAAAAGAAAAAAUAAGUAAGCCCACUGGUGUCGGGUAUUUCCCCCCCCCUUCCACGUCCAACGUAAAUUCUCAGAAGAGUGUGUGGCAAGAUAGUCUGAACUUAGCGCCUUAUCUAAUCGUGUUGACAUUUGGAGCGAUAAUUAACGAAAUACUCCCAUUUACAGGAGUAAUAGGACAGCGCAAAACGGAUAGACCAUUGCGCGCACUAUUUUAUUGUUUGAAUGUAUUCACAGAAUGUCUUGCAUUAACGAGCAACUAUCGUGUGUCUCAUGAACGCAGUCCCAUUAACUGCCUCUUAAGUUGACGCAAAACGCAAUGUUCUGGCGAAGAAAACUUAUUAAGCACGACGAAUGACCUUGUGCUGUUGUCCGUCAAGGACCUAUUCCGGACACCGAACGGUGGCUUCAAUCCUCUGACGGACAAGGAUGAAUGAAGGAAUACGGGCUGCUGUUAUGGUGGAUUUCUAGGCUAUGGGUAAUGAGAGCGCGGUGACGACUUGUGCGCAAACUUGCUGAUAAAAGAGUCGACUUCCGUAGCCCCCUAUUUCAUUUGCCCCAAUGGCGUCACGUAACCGGGACGAUCGAAGGUGAGCAUGGUCAUAGUGGCCUAGAAAGGUCUGUCAACGCAUGCCACGGACGGUCUGGUCCCAAAACCUAUUCUAGCCAAGUGUCAAAGGAAAGGACGUGGGUCCUCUGAUCUCACACGUAAGGAGGAGUAUAGCGAAGGACACAUUGAGAAGAAGCCAUUUCGACCUGAUCGCCAAUCCAGACAAGAAAAGAGUUGUCCCCUCGGCGGAAAGCUUUCCAGGCCACAGCUUUUAGAGCAUCUUGAUAGUGCCAGAUUGUUUAUAGUGAGGAAUGCACCACCUUACGUAAUGCGAGAUCGGCCUCACUCCCCGCACAGUUUGACCUUCGCGAAUGACGAUAUUGGCCGUGUGCCCCACUGAGUGGACACAGGACAGGGCAUUUUCAUGUGGCUUACAGUUAGUGACCUAACCCAUGAAAUGUGUCGAAAUUUACGAUUGAUUGCCAAUCACUCGCAAACCGACACCAUUUCAUGAGUCGAAUGUCUAUGUUAAUUAAGUACAAGUUUAAAAGAAUUAAAAACAUAAAAGAACUAUUAAAGCCAGUGUUGUGUUGUUUAGAAAUGCCGAUUUUUUUAGAAAAGCGCAAUAUCCUGAAAACGUCAGAAAUGACUCUAAUUUAGUAAACUUCGUUUUUAAAUGUAUAGAAUGUAUUCUCAUACCAAAAACACGGUAAGUAUGAAAGUAGACCUAAAGUAACGUCUAAUAAUAGUGUUUUAGUGAAGUUUGCAUCUAAAUGUCGUUUACUGAGUAGUGUGAUUUCAUAUAUGACGGUUUGUCAAUUGCCUACAUUCUGAGUGUAGAUUCCCAAACAGUUUUCCAGCGAUUCGUGUUAUUUUUGAAUCAUUUUAGGCAAAUGAGAUGGGGUUCAACAAGAGAAGCCGGAAUUUGCUUGAUUUUAUCGAUGGGGACGUCGUAGGAACAAAUGUUUUCAUAGGGUGACAUGCCAUGAGGCUGCUCGGUGCCUAAUAAAGUUAAAUAGAACUGCAUGGCAUGAUCGUAAACAUACCAUUUUCUGUUUCUAGAGCGAAUUUUUCUUCCGUUAAAUUAAUUUACACUUUUCGUUCGUUUUGGAUUACGUUGAGUUUCAGAUCGGCCUCGAAAUGUUGCUGAAUACUUCAUGAUUUUCAGUCUUUUCACCCGAUCGUCCGUAAAGACAGAUUCUGAACUAACUGUCUGUUGAGAACUUUAAAAUAAGAUUAUACUGGAAAGCAUUUACCGAAUUAAUGAAUGUUCAGACGCCCCUUUUCAUGAAGAUGGUCGUUUGGGUCACAUGUGAAGGCUCAUUCAAACAUCAAACUUCAUUUUCGAGAAAAAUGGCUGUCCACAACGAAAGUCAGCAAGGAAUAUGCCUUCGAACAAUGGGAAAAUUUUCCUUAAUGAGUUUCCUCUAGGAAGUGCUUUAUUACUGCACGCCGUUGACGGAUCUCUGUGUACUUUGCAUUUUUGCAUGGCGAGACCAAGUAGAAAUUUGACACUUGUGGCCGUUUCUUUCGCUCUCCUAAGCAGUAUUAAUAUUUUUCUACGGUAAACGCAAGAACGUGCCUUUCUCUAUACACUGAGGCCAUUUUCACUGUUUUUGCUCGCUUUAAGAGUUCGUUCUUCGAUUUUGAAUGCAUGGCAGAGCGCCCAUAUAAAUACUGAUAUUUUGCUGAAACCAUUAAUGUUUUGCUUGUUUCAUAUAUUCGAAACUGGAAAUGACCAUUCGCUAGUGGUCAUUUAUGUGACAUCAGGUAGAAUUUUCCAAACGGCAAAACAAUUUCAGCCCACUUAAAUGAAGGAAUCCCUAUCUGCGUUAUUACUGCACUUUAGGGCACCAAAUCACACAGAUCUGCUAAUUUGACAUUUAGAACCUGAUCAAAUCUCAGAUUUUCUUAAAAUAACCUUUGUGUCAGCAGGCUGAUCACUAUAGGUAACAUCGGACAUAAAAUAAAUUUUCAAGUUCGCCUAAAUCUGUUUAUUAAAACGCUCGCGGGUAAACUACUGUCAUAUCAAUGAAAAAGUCGCUUAGAUGCGUAACCAGAGUCUAGGGCAUGUAUUAGCAUAGGAAAUUGCACGAAUAUAUUCCAACGUCCAUUUUUUGCCCAAAAUUUACUGAUAUUUUACUUGAUAAAAUUACGUAAACACGAUUUCUGCACUAGCAAAGAACAUUUUGUUGAAGGAAGUGGAUGAGCGAACAAAAUGCUGAACGUUAAAGGCGUCCAGAGAUUCCCUCAUCAGUUUCCGUUAUCAGAUUUCAUGAGAUAGGUCACGUACUGUAGUUUAUAGUGAGACAAACUUGCACAGUAUCUGUCGCACUCUCUCUCCUUCCGCACCCACCUUGCAUCAAUGGCAAGGCAAUGUCAAAAUGGCUUGGGCGCAGUAGCUGAUGAAAAUAGCCUCUCCGUCUACGCGUGCCACGCGCGAUCCGGUCCCUCAGAGUGUACCGUACAUGGAGCUGUCACCUCAUGCGCAUAAAGGUGCCAUAAAGGGUACAUUAAUAUGGACCAUUCGUAGCCUGACUCAGUCCUGAGCACGGUGGGGCUUGAAUUGCCUUAUUUCAGUCUCACUGUCUACUGUCCAAACCCGUCAACCAGUUUGUGGCUGAUGCUACGUGAAGGCUAGCACCUUGGCGUAUCAGCUGGCCCCUAUUAUGUGUAGGGCAUUAGUGAUGGGUUCGCGAGGCCGCGCUGCCUGAUGGAUGCGUGCUGUGAGUCAAUCUGGCUUCCCUUGUCGUCCAGCGCUUCUGUGACUUAGCCCGCUGUGGAGACGAAAUUGGGCGUAUCGACUCACAUGGCAUGAAAGACGAGGCUGCACAUUUGCGGGUCCCUCACUCCAUGUGACCAAAGCUCGCCAACACGCGGACUUAAGACCUGCACAUGCGAGAUUCCGACGAUUCAUAACGAUUUUGCCAAACCGCGUUGUCGUAUGCCUUGUUUCCUGCCUGAUGCGUGAUCUUCUGCCAAUCGCCGCUUUGUGCUACAUGUGAUCGAAUAAGCCCACGCGUUGUCUAAAUGUGUUUGUAUGGGAACGACACGGUGGGAGGAAGGCUGUUGCUUGACUGUCGGACUGGAAUAAAUAGACAUGCAGAAACUGGCCGAAUGCAGCCUUGCGACGUUGUCCGCACCAUCGUUCUGGGAGCAUUCAGUUUCACGCAUACCGGCAGCACCAGGACUGGUUCGACGACGAAAUCAGACGCCUGCAAUCUGCUAAAAGCAGUUUACGACAGACCGACACCAAAAACUGCCUUCUUUUCGUGCCGUGCGGACACAGUGACCGCGAUGAGACGAAGAAUCCCUUCACGGCAGUCAAAACGGUCUAGGACGGCGCAACCCUGCUUUUAGGGAAGUUUCAGACCCUGAAACGUAAGCCUAAGCACUUUAGGGGUGUCCUUAACCACCGGCCCACUGUCUGUGAUGAGGCCGUCAACUAGGGGGGAAAUCAAUGUCGACCUCACUUAUGCGUUUUCCUUACAGAGGGUAAUCGGAGCAGUGUAACAGCUGUCGAGCGGAAAAGUCCCUGGUGCCGACGCAAUUUCGGCCGAAAUGCAUAAAUAUGGCGUCCUCCAAUUCACUGGUUGGCUUUUGCUGAUAGAAGCGAACAGGCGAGUUCCAGGCAGCAGUUUAGAAGACGAAGAUGUGAUCAUUGGAACAAGAAAUUUAUUGGUCUGACGUUUCGGAUUCUCACUCGAAUCCACCAUCAGAGACAGUCGCAGAUAAGGGUAAUGAUGACUCAAGGAGUGCAGUAUUUAUAGCACGUGGCUGCCGUGGGACCAUAUGCGCACACCAGAGACCAAAUCCAACCGGCCCCAAAUUUUGGCGGACUCUUCCGUACACGAAGAAGGUCUCGGAAUCAGUCAGUCGUCUCCUCACUCCACUUGGGGUUGGGGUUGAACACAGGCCGGAAGCAACCAUUAGGCGCCAAGCCAUGAGGCCGAAAGACCCACUGUCACGGCAGGAAACGUCUGGAGUCGUUUACCGGAUCUGGUGCGGUUGCGGACAAAGCAAUUACGUCGGAGAGACUGGGAGAUUUCUCCGUACGCGAAUUUCCGAGCACGCAGCAGCAGUGAGGCGGGGAGAAGCUAGCUCUCAGGUGGCGGCUCAUUCGACGGAACCCGGCCAUAUUUUCAAGUUUCAAGAGGCCGAAAUCUUCGCAAGGGAUGACGACCGCGUGAAGUGCGAGCUGCUCGAGUCAUGGUUCUCAGGCCCGCAAUCCAUCAACAAGCUCAAUGACCUCCCGUUACCGUAUUCCGUGCUGAGAUUUUCCCUGGGCAGGGGAAUCAGUCACAUGGGGAGGGCGCGGGCGAGCGAUUAUUUCAGUGACAGUGAGCCAAUUUGCCGAGCAAUCGUCACACCAGCAUCCAGCACUGAUGACGAAAUCACGGCCAUUAACGACUCGGACGCGCACUGAUAAGCUACCAUCGCGUCAAUUACGACCCCAGCGGUGAUUGCGAGUGCUGUUAAUUACAGUGCGCAUACGGUCCUACGGCAGCCACGGGCUAUAAAUGCUGGGUUGACUUUUAUCACUGUUCCACGACAUGUGGCGAUAAGGACACAUUCGUGGAAACUUCAAAGAUGUAAUUAUUGUCCAUAUACUUAGUAGAGACUAAUCAUCUGACAAAAUGUUAACUGAACUUCUGAACCAUGAUCUCGUGUAGAGAGGGGUAAUUAGGUGGGGUCCGAGCCGGGUGUGGCGGCACGCCUUGGGGGCGGCUCCGGUUGGGCCAGUCACCUGCAGCCCCUCCCGCUUCCGGUCUUCUUGACACCGGAUCCAGGUGGGGGAGGGGAAGGAGAGGGUGCGGUAUAUAACACGCAAGUCCACCACCACUGCAAACUAGUUGUAAUAUUGAUUAACAUGCGCCACAAUCCCAUAAUUUUUCUUUUUUUUCCUGAAUGAGUUUCGCUCUGGUCGCCUGCAGAACCACAUCCGGUAGAAAGUGACUACUUGAGCAGUAUGGAUUUUUCUUACUUAUUUUCGACGUCUUUUUAAAGUUCCAUACAUUUUAUUGAGAAGACGCACAAAUAUAUUAUCUUUUUUUGCAUCCAUAUGUCAACAAAUUACGUCCUCUUGAGAUUUCAUACUUGGAGAAAGGGUAUCUGUCAGUUGAAAAAGUUUGUAAUUAUGAUUAUUUAAGACCAUAAAAUGUCCGUUUCGUCAAUGUCGCCCAUGAAGUAUAAAACUUGGCUAACAUCUAUCGCAAAAUCUUAUGAGUCCUGUACGACUUCCUCUUAAUACCGCAGAGAAAUAUAUGGUUUUCCUUACACGGAAAGUAUACCGAAUGCAGUUUGGAAACCGUGAGCGCAAGUGCAUCAGCAGAUCAGGUUUGACACUAUUUGAGAAUUAGAGUCUUUCGAAACCUAACAGUGCCUUUCCUCAAGGCGAAAUUUGCUACCAAAUAAUCGCACAGAAAAAAAGUACAUUUCAACUCAUGUGGGGGCCGAAAAUCGGUCGCGUAAAUUUGUUCUACUUAAGCAACCAUCCUUUCCCGAGUGUAGUUUCUCAAAGUGUCCAAAAAGUGUAUUCAAAGUCCGACACCCCACUGUGACUCAAAUAUCUUGAGGUUAUAUUGCACAAUAAUAUUACAAUGCUGCGCAAGUAAUGUAAUUUAUUACGAGGUGUGUGUGCAGGCAAUGACCUUCCUAUUAGGGCUCCGAACAUCUAGAGAAAGUAUAGCAACCCCUACCUAAACACUCCUUCCUGCCCGAGGUCAUAGUUUAGAAUUUCUGUUAACGUCUCAGACGAUACGCCACCUUCUGUACGGAUGCAAGGGAACAGUCACCUCGAAGUCCUUCUGCAGCUUUACUGGCAAGAUACUUUUCAGACCUCUGCUCAGUCGUCUUGACGUGUACUUGCCCGAUGGGAGGGAAAGAAAUGCUGGGUGAGGGCGAGGCAAGCUCUCCGCUUCAAUUAUUGACCUCUUCACAACUCUCACCGAGUGAGAAACCUUUGACUCAUGCCGGUUGGUAUCCAGCACGCGUGCUGCGCACGUUGACCGGGGGGAGGGCGGUCCGUCUUUUCCCUCUCUUGUCAUGGAGCACGGAUGAGCGAGUGGAGUCGAUGCUACGCUAGUUUCCCUCUUUAUAGAGCGCCUCACAUGCGUAAGUAUCUACUUAUUUCCCCGGGACAGUGCUGACGACCAUAGUUUAGGACGGAUGCACCAGCGCUACUUUCAAGUCACCCAGGAAUGCCGUUGGCCGGACUCUCAGUACUGCAGAAGGAAAUACCAACUUCCCUCUGGCCUUGAGGAUCAAAUAUGGGUUUGGGAUAUUGCUGGCUUACGAAUAUAAAUUGGUCAAAUAUGGCAAUUCUAGUCUUCUUCAUCCUGGUCGGCAAUACUUCUUGAUCACCCCAUGUCAUUUGCUAUGCGGCCGCUUAAGAGGGUUCUAGAUUGAAAUUCCCAGACAGACCGAAACGCUCCUAUUCUCUGCUGCGGCCAAGCCUGACUGGUAAACACCAAGUUCACAAAACUUUGAGCAUCCCAGUGAGACGUGAGACUGUAACUCAACUGGCAAGGAGUCUGACUGAGCAGUAGUUGGGAAGAUUCGAUUCCCAGGUGGCAUGUCAGAAGGGGAGGAUGUGUUCACUGGGGGAGAGGUUUAUUGGAGGUCUGACGUUUUGGGUAGUUGUUUCGCUCACUCAUUCUCAGAGACUAGGAAGUCAUGCGCACUUUGCUUGAUGUGUAACCCGCUAAUGCCGCCUGUGUUGUUGUAUCCGAUCCGAACUUCACCGUGACCCGUGUCUUCCCCACCCUCGUUGAUCCCGGAGAUAAUUGGCGGCCCUGAUUGUUCCGCGCCGUGACUGUUCCCCGUCAAGAAGGUUUGUAAAACCAGAUCGGGGAGGGGGGGAGGAGAAUUAUGGUGACGGUUGACAGAGCAGUCGGUGGACAUCCAGGCUGUUGUUACCUGCGUUGCAGUACAAUCAUCGCAUCGGCCCACGAUCUCAACGGCGUCAGCGUUCAAGAUGUGCCCCAUUUGGGUCCAAACCUUGUACGCGCAUGCGCGUUUGAAGUCGUCGACUAAUUUCCCUAGCGUAGUUGCACAUCUCACAACUGCUCUGAAGUUGGUAGACAACGGCCGACAUCUGUUUGUCCGCAGUACUUAUCGGUGGAUUGUUGAGUCAGGUCUGUGAACAUCUCCUAUCUCUGGUGGCGUGGGAGAUCUAGCUACGUCUUCAGAGAUCCUCUUCACGUACGAAAUGUUCUGCCACGAUUUUGGCCGAUUAUACUCUUCAUUCCGCUUCCUCUGUUACACUCGACACCGUUCGACGAUUGAAUUCCCAACUGGACCCGGGUCCAAAUCUCGUACUUCGCUGUCUGGUUUUGGGGUGUGGCUGGCUGACAUUGGCAAGUGGGUUAGAAGUGGCCUUUCCAGUCUCUCCUACUAUUGACGCGUAUAAGCCAAAAAAACAGAUUCCGGUGCAUAUACGGUACUACUGAUAGGAUGUAAGUAAUAGUGAAAACAUGCAAACCUCAAUAAUGGGUACCCUAUCCAAAGAAUUCCUUUGUCACUGUUAGGACAAAUCGAAUUUUCAGUUCAAGAUCGGAAAAUAAGACCAGUUAAUUAAAAGAACACGAAUUAUGCUCGAAAAAGGGUUACAGAGGGAGAAAAGGGGGGAUGUCAACGAGGAGCCAAAAUGGAAACACUUGCGAAGGGGGGGGGGGCGUUGAGAAUUCCAACGUUGACCAACUGGAUACAACAUUUACCUAUAUUGCUAAUCUUUUUUUAUUGGUGAUCCCAUCAUGGACCUCCUUCAGCCCAUUUUCGCUGACACCUUAUGUUGCGUCAUGCCAUCGGUACAUAGCAUGGUGGAUCCUGACAUAUGUCACAUUACCUUUCAGUUGACGAUGCCGGUUGUGGUAUUUUCCGCACUUUCGCAUGCCCCUUUCGCCUUUUCAUGGCUUUUUCUUGUCUCUAACCGCAGGUUCUCAAAAUCGGCGGCUGCGGCUUCAAGGUGUUGACGUUGCUGGAGGGCGUGGCACACAGCUAUGUCUACGCCAACAGUGGCUGCAAGCGAUGGGACACCUGUGCCCCGGAGGCCCUUCUCAACUGCGUAGGCGGCCGACUGACCGGCCUGGACGGCAAACCCUACUCCUACUCGAAGGAGGUGAAUCCGAUUAACACCAUGGGUGUCCUUGCCACGCCUGUAGCAGCCUGGCACAGCUCUUACCUGUCUCGAAUCCCCAGCAGUGUUGUACAGUCUCUGUCAUCGGCCUAG